UCAGCAUAAGGUCGAACAGUGUAGUAUCACAUCGACUGCGUGAGCAAACAGUGCGUGUCAGAGAUUUCUUCGAGUUUUUAAAUUAAUCGGUCAAGAUAAUUCGGCAGAAGCAAAGCAAACAUCAACGGAUAUGAAAAUCAGGACGUACCUGAUCACUGUGAUUGUGAUUUUAUUUAUUUUCGCAGACACAGACGGUCGUAAAACCAGCGGACGAAGAAGCGGUACUGGAGGAUGGGGCUCCUCUUCCUCCCGACGAGGAGGAGGAGGUUCUACGAGAACAACUAAACGUCCCUCACAGCCAAGCUCAAGCUCGGAUAAAAUAGGAUGGAACGUACCACCGAAUAGUAACAAUAAAGCACCUGGGACCAACAAUGCCAAACCUUCAGCUCCGGUAUCCGAACACGUUUCCAAGACUAGCGCGACUAAUGUGCAAUCAGGAUAUCCGUCAGGAAAUCCACCACCGUACAGUCCAUCGGGCGGAUAUCCCCGGCAGCCAGCCAGUAACCCUUACGGCAGCCCAGGUUACGGCAACCAGGGCUACCCAUCCCACAACACGAAUCCCUCGUACCCCGGUUACGGCGGUCACUCGCCGUACGGUCAGGCUUACAACCCGUCUAUGCACCACAACGCGCCACCGGCCUACAGUCCGCCCUAUGGCGGGCACUCCUACGGGGGCGGCUUCGGCGGACAGCCGUCCUACGCUCAGCCGUCUUACGUUCAACCGGCUAUCUCGCAAGCGCCGGCGCUCACUGUCCUACAACCGAGUCGACCUGGGAUCGGCCAGCUCGCCAAGGAAGCGCUGGUAUAUUCCAGCGUGAGCGCGGGCGUUAGCGCGGCCGUGAACAGAUUGCUCCCCGGUGGGAUCUACGGCAGAAGUCCGGGAUACGGCAGCGACAGCGGCAGCGGCAGCAGCGCCGGUGGUAGCCACACCGAGAUCACGUACAACAAUUAUUAUUACAAUCAGUCAAAUCCGGCUAACGGGGCACAACCCGUGGCGGCUCCUGCGGCUAAUAACGGCGCACCCGCCAGUUCUGCAACGCCGGUUCAGCCGCCACCGGAGGCGGACAAGAAGGCAGAAGCUAGCGCGCCUAGCAACGCCAACUCGCCCAGCCCUCAACAGGAGAGCAGUCCGCCUCAACCGAAUUAUCCGAUUUCCAACGACGAGGUGAAGAAAUUGUCGGAGAGUCUCUUCGAGGCGGACAAGAAUAACGCGUACAAGUACAUCACCGUGAAUCUGCAGGGCGAGACGAAGGAAGACAGCACCGGGGAUGAUGCUCCUCUGCCCCUACUGGACGUCAAACCGGAAGCGUAUGAAAUCCCGACGAUUAAAAGCGUACUGGCGUUGCACGAUAAUUACGAAAUGGACGUGAAAACGAAGGAGACCGUCACGGCCGACGAGCGUAAGGAGGAAACGGAGCUGCUCGACAGGUUCUUAGAGACCGACGUGUUUAAAGCGGCGAUGAAGUUCUUGGUCGACAAGGGAUUCAUACCGAACGACGAGUACGAGUUUAAGGACACCUUGAAACGCAUCUGGUUCUCGCAAUUCCAGCGAGUGGAGGGAGAGCCGUCCAGUUCAGGCUUCGAGGCAGUGUUCGUCGCGGAGAAGCUCGACUCAUACAUGAUCGGUCCACAGAAUUGGAUUUACUACGCCAAACAAGAGUCACAGAAGAAUCUCGAUUACCGCGGUUACAUAAAGGAUAUCAAACUAGCGGAUAAAGGAGAAGCUAUCAAGAUACGUACGGCGUUCAAUGUACCAGACACGAAACAUGCCGUCACGACUCUUCUCGUCGGGCUCUCACCCGAGUUAGAGAUGGCACUUUACACAGUGUGCUUUUACCUGCGUCCGAACGACGUUUGUCCGGUUUCACUGGGCGGAAAGGAUGUCAAUCUCGUUUCUACCAGAUUCAAUUACUUCGGCAAAGAUAUCUUGAUUGCCGGCUUUAUCGCAUAAAACCCGGAUUAAUUAAAGUCCUUUUGAGAUUAAGUUGUGCGAUUAGAGAUUCAAGUAGAAAUCUAAGAAGAACAUUUGGACAAAUCUUAUGUAGCAAAGUAACUCGAGAAGAAUGAAAUUUUAACAAUUUUACAUUGUGCUUAUAGUUUAAUAUACAUAUAUAUUGAUCUAGCACUUUAAGACGAAUUUCGUGCUUUUAUUCAUUUACAUAUGUACAAAUUUAUGUUAGUGAAGAACUAUACAUGAUCUCUCAUUCUUUCUCUUAUAAAUCUCUUAUAUACUUGUCUUUAUAUCUUGUUAUAAAAUCUGAAGAGAUACAAUUAUAAUGCACAUCUCAGUAUCCUGGUGCUUUUCUUUUCUAGUUCUAAAAAUUCCAUCACAGAUACUAUAGUUGAUCACCCAUAAUUCUAUAUCAUUAGUAAACUUUAUAUGCUUCAAUAAUUUUGUAGAAUUAUAUCGUAUUGUUUCAAAGUUACCUUACUAUCGAAUUUACCAGCGUUUGAGAAAAUUAUACUUUUGUUAAAAAUUACGAAUAUAAAUCUGUAUUAUAAAAAUAAAGAUUCAUCCACGUUUUUCUUACGCUGAAA